GAAAGUUUUCUCCCAGAGGCGCGCGCUCCCUCCCUGCACGCUGUGAGCAGCAGCAUCCUCUCCAGGGGCCUCAAAGUUGGAGCCGCUUCUCAAACACCCCGCUGAUCACUCUUUAUUCACUCUCUGUGUCGGUUUCCAGAGGAGGAUGAGCUCCGAUGGGGGAGGGAUGGAGCGCUGCCGUUAGCGGCUCCUGAGUGGCCCCCACCCCGCUGAGAGAGCGCCUCUCCCCGCUGCAGGGAACAUGGGCUGCGGCUUGAGGAAACUGGAAGACCCGGAGGACAGCAGUCCUGGGAAAAUCUACUCCACCCUGAAGAGACCGCAGGUGGAGACCAAGACAGACACCGCCUUUGAUUAUGUGCUGCUGGACUUCAGCUUGGAAGGAAGCCGUCCUACGGUCCAGUAUGUGUCCUCCUUGUCCGAGCUGCCUCAGGCGCUGCAGUCCUACUACACUCAGGGCUACGUCCUGGCCGCCCUGCACCCCAUCAUCCUGUCCCUGGGCCGGAGCCGCUCGCUGCCCUUCAGCCUGCUGUACCGCGCCGUCCUGGCCCGGCCCAGACCCAGCAACCAGAUGGCGUCCACGUGUCACAGUGCGCCGGUGCUGCGGGUGGAGGAGUGGCCCCUACCCGGGGACUCGCUGACCUGCGACACAGUGCGGGCGCUGAUCGACAGGGUGAACAGCAGUGCGCGGGGGGGCGUUCGCUUCGUCGGUUCCGUUCUGCAGCAGGUGAGCGGCGUCACCAACGGCCGUGUGCACAGUCCCAAAAGGGGCUGCCGCUCCCCACCUCGUACACCCCCCCAAACCCCACCUGGAGACAGAGACCUGGAGGACAACGCCUACAGUCCAGACUUGAGGCUGCUGGUCUUCUUCCAUUCCUGGCCCCCCGGCUGUGCUCCUCUGGACUCCCUGGGCUGUCAGUACCACCAGGGGGCGCUCUCCAUGCGGGUCUCCAGGAAGGGCCAAGUGGUCAGCGCCCUGGAGGCGGACUGGCUGGAGCUGACUGCUGCUUACUACCGCAGAGGCUGGUCACUGGUGGACUCCUUUGUCUACUGGGACACACCUAAAGGUGAGCCGGUUCCUCGAUCCCUGGAGGGGCUGUUUGUGUACGAGGAGAGGAGCACGUCGCCUCCUCCCAACGACACCAUCGUGGUGGAGCAGUGGACGGUCAUCGAGGACUCCAAUGUAAAGACGGACUACGGGCCCCUGCUUCACACCCUGGCAGAGUUCGGGUGGCUGCUCACCUGCGUUCUGCCCACGCCCAUCAUCCGCCAUGACAGUGAAGGGAAUCUGGCCACAAAGCAGGUGGUGUUCCUCCAGAGGCCGGUCAGGAGCUCCAGGCAUCCAGGGAACCAGACGGCUUUGGCGCACAGCGACGUGUCGAGCCGCUCCGCCCCUACAGACGACCUCUCCCCCACCGCGGGGGGCAUCGGGGGCUUCCCGGUGUUCGGGGGCGGCUUCUCCAGCUCCCUGUCCCACCUGGAGGAGGGGGGCCUUGAGCAGGAGGAGGGGAAGGCGGAGGUCACCUGCAUGUGAGACCCAG